CUUUUCAUAAAAAAAAAGAAUGGAAACAUUUCCCAUCUCUCCCUGUCUCCGAUUCCCUCUUCUCCUAGCCAUGGUCGAGAGCUCCGAUGGCAGCCGAAUCCGUCACUUCGGCGAGGGUAAAUUAAAACCACUCUGGAAGCCACCACCUCUGUUCCCCCUCUCUCACCCUGCCGCGACCAAAACGAAGCACCACCGCCCCUGUUUCACACUCUCGUCGUGGUCAUCUUCGUCUUGAAGUAAUGGAACCCUUGUGCUUGCUGUUUGGAUUCAGUUUAAGAGUACCGGGACUAAAGUUAGAGACCUAUGGACCCCGGGGACUUGCUCUGGAGAAUUAGUGUGGCUUCCCCAAAAAAGUUCGAUGUUUUCAUUAGUUUCAGGGGUGAGGACACCCGAGAUAACUUCACAAGCCAUCUCCAUGCUGCUCUCAGAGACAAGAAUAUCGUAACCUACAUAGAUGAUCAGCUUAAAAGAGGAGAUGAUGUUGGACUAGAGCUUGAAAAGGUAAUCAAGAACUCGCUGAUGUCUGUUGUGGUGUUCUCAGAAAGAUACGCAACUUCAAAGUGGUGUUUGCAAGAAUUGGUCAUGAUAACGAAAUGCAGAAGAGACGAGGGACAGGUUGUUCUUCCAGUGUUCUACAAAACAAAUCCAACCGACGUGCGGAAUCAGACAGGGAGUUAUCAGAAACCAUUUGAAGAAUAUGAUCAAGCUGCAGCCGCUGGUGAAAUUAUAACCGAUCAAGACAAAGUGGGUAGGUGGAGAGCUGCUCUCUCUGAAGCAGCCAAUAUAUCUGGAUGGGACUCAAGUACCCACAAGGACGAUUCUCAAGUCAUACAGAACAUUGUCAACGAUGCUUUGCAAAAGCUGCUCCUGAGGUACCCUAAUAAACUAGAAGGCCUUGUUGGAAUUGAGAAACACUGUACAGAUAUUGGGUAUAUCCUGGGAAAAGUUGGAAGAAUUGGAAUUUGGGGGAUGGGAGGUAUAGGUAAGACAACCAUUGCUAAAGCCAUGUUUGCCAAACACUUCCCUCAAUAUGACAGUGUGUGCUUCUUGGAAAACGUAAGAGAAGAGUCACAGAAGCACGGGCUAGCAUAUAUCCGAGAUAAGCUUCUCUUUGAGCUACUGAAGGAACAAGUUACAGCAUCCAAUAUUUCUGGAUCCACAUUCGUGAAGAGAAGGCUCAGUAGCAGGAAAGUUUUCAUUGUGAUUGAUGAUGUGGACAGUUUUGAGCAAUUAGAAUAUUUGUGUGAAGAAUUCAGUGACUUGGGACAAGGUAGCGGUCUCAUUGUAACAACAAGAGAUAAACAUUUGCUUCAUGGAAGAGUUGAAAAGAUAUAUGAGGUUGAGAAGUGGAACUUACAAAAAUCGCUUGUGCUCUUCAGCUUAGCAGCCUUCAAGAAAAGCAAGCCUGAAAAGGGUUACGAGGAUCUCUCCCGAAGGGCAGUUGAAUAUGCAGGAGGCGUUCCAUUAGCUUUAAAAGUUUUGGGUUCACAUUUUCGUUCCAGAGAAACUCAGUUCUGGGAAUCUGAGUUGAAUUACUUGGAGAGCAAGAAGGAGCCCCUUAAGAAAAUUCAAGAAGUGUUAAAGGUGAGCUAUAAUGGAUUAGAAAGGAGGGAUCUGCAGUCAAUAUUUCUGGACAUUGCUUUCUUUUUCAAAGAUGAAAAUAAAGAUUCCGUCAUAAAGAUACUAGAUGCUUGUGGUUUUAAUGCUAUUAGUGGAAUAGAAAUGCUUAAAGAUAAAGCUCUUAUAAGUAUUUCAAACAGCAAUAUUAUAGAAAUGCAUGACUUGCUACAAGAAAUGGGUUUCGAUAUAGUUCGUAAAGACGUGACAGACCCUGGAAGACGUAGCCGAUUGAGGGAUAUUGAGGAAGUUAAUAAUGCACUUCAAAAUGACGAGGUCCUUCCUGAAGUUGAAGGAAUAAAGUUAGAUUUGUCUCAGGCAGUAAACUUGCAGUUGAGUGAUGACUUAUUCAACAGGAUGCCUAAUUUAAGAUUUCUUAGUUUAUAUGUCCCUGUGGGUAAGCAGAGAUCAGCUGAAGUGCACUUCUAUCCCGGACUCCUCCAUAGGCAAGGUUCUGCUGGAUUGAAGUAUCUUGAGUGGAGUGGAUACCCUUCAAAGUCUCUUCCACCAAAUUUUUGUGCUAAGUUUCUUGUUGAGAUUCGCAUGCCACACAGCCAUGUUAAAGAACUUUGGCAGGGGACGCAGGAUCUUGUGAAUUUAGAGACAAUUGACCUGAGUGAAUGCAAACAGUUGGUGAAGCUCCCUGAUUUGUCUAAAGCAUCAAAACUCAAAUGGGUUCAUCUCUCCGGUUGUGAAAGUUUGUGUUUAGUUCAUCUUUCAUCUGUGGACACACUAGUUACUUUGAUACUGGAUAGGUGCAAAAAACUGAAGAGUCUUAAAAUUGAAAAGCAUUUAAGCGAUCUGCAGAACCUCAAAGUGGAGAACUGUUUCAGCCUCAAGGAAUUUUCAGUGUCGUCCGAUUCAAUUCAAUCGUUGGAUUUAAGCAAAACAGGUGUCAAAAAAUUGUACUCGUCAAUCGGUCGGCUAAGCAAGCUUGUGUCCCUCAAUCUAAAUGGUUUGAGACUGCAGAAUAUUCCUAACGAGUUAUCAGGCCUGACUUCUCUUGGGGCGCUAUUCAUUUCUAACUGCGGAGCAGUUGACAAAGAGAAGGUGCAUGUCCUAUGUGCUAGCUUACGAUCCUUACGAUUUCUAUAUCUGAUUAAUUGUUAUAAGUUGUUUGAACUCCCGGACAACAUAAGUGCCUUGUCAUCACUUUGUGAAUUGAGGCUCGAUGGAAGCAGUGUGAAGAAGUUACCUACAAGUAUCAAGCUUCUUGAAAAUCUGGAGGUUCUCUCCUUAAACUAUUGUAGGAAGCUUCAGUUUCUACCUCAGCUUCCACUGUUCAUCCAAGAGCUUCGUAUCAUCAACUGUACCUCAUUAGUGGCGGUAUCUACUUUAAAGACCUUUGCAAUCCAGAUGAAGGGAAAGCAGAAAGACAUUUCGUUUAUGAAUGGAAUGAAACUGAAUGAACAUUCGCUCCUCCGGAUUAUGGCAGACGCCGUGUUUACAAUGAAGAGUGCUGCAUUCCACCGUGUAUAUGUAAAAAGGUUUGGUUUCGAUACUUACAAUGACCAUUAUAACAGAGUUAGAGUUUGUCUACCUGCUGGAAACAGUGUCCCAGAGCUAGGGCCGUUGGCAUAUCGAACCACAGGGUCCUCAAUUACCAUUAGAAAUCCUAGACCUUCGUCCAACUGGUUUGGCACCAUUUAUUCUGUGGUUCUUUCUCCAUCCGCUGGAAUCAAGGGGCAUUGUGCUAAAAUCAAAUGCCGAAUCUAUGGGAGAGUUGGUGUUUCGGGACAGAGGAGAUGGAAGACUUCAUCAUUGUAUGACAAAGACAUAGGGGAGUUCAAUUCAGAUCAUGUUUUUGUAUGGGAAGGUUCAAGUCCGCAUGUUUUUACUCACAAUGAUGAAAACAUUGAUUUUGUGUUCUCCGUUACAACUGAAACUGGGGAAGAUGAUGAACUAAUCAAAAUAAAAGAGUGUGGGGUUCAACUAACAUGUUUCUCAGAUUCUGAGCUUCACAGAUUCUUACAGGAAACACUAGACUUGAAACCGCAGUUAUCAGGCAUGCAACUAAGGUAAAAGAUGAACUAAUCGUGUCCAUGUGUUGCUGAACUGAGGCAACACUAUACUAUCGAAACUGCGAGAGGAGGACAUAGAUUUGUGUCUGACAGUGGUUCUGAGCUUCUUCCAAAUAUCACAAUUGAGAGUUACCCAUUUUUUGUUCUGAUGGGGUCUGCCCUGAGGGAAACCUGAAUUAGGGGCAAUAUGACCUCUUAUGUGGGGUUUAUACGUCUGUUUUUGCUAUGUUAGUUUUUAGAUUGAAAUUUCAGCAUCACUUGCCAUUGGCAUUGUUUCUGCGUGAGUUAAGCAUUUUUUUGCAUGUUUCCUCUUCUGAAUCUUCACAGGUUAUGGAUCAAGCUAUGGAGAAUGGCCUUAUUUUCAUUGAUGGUUCUGGACCGACAUACAUUACUGCCACCGUUGCGACGAUGAUGAUGGCCACAAAAAUAUGGUCUGCAAGCUUAUAAAGGUAGAGCCAAAGAAUCCGAAUAAGGGAAUGGUGGCAGAUCUAUGAAAUAGCUAUGCGAUGGAGGGAAAAGAAGAGAAGAAUGUCAGACUUUGCACUGACUUUUGCAUAAGAUAACCAUAGAUAAAAGAAGGUCGGAUAAGAAGAGCAUGCUUUGAGUAAGAAGAGUGAGAGAAUGAAGGAAGAUUAAAAUCUUCAAAGGAGUAUAAAAAGACUCUGAGCACUUGAUUUCUUUUAUGUUGAGCAUUGAUUUAAUUUGUAACUGACUUGAUUUCUUUUAUCUUACUUUUCAAGUUACUUGAGUACUCUUAAUCUUCUCUAUUGACAUUGGUGUGUUAUUUUUUCGGCUCCCCAUAAUGGCACUUUGUAGGGUUUUAUUUACUUUUAAUGUUUUUCGUCA